AAACUGGUUGAGGCGAAGAAGGUAAUAAUAUAUUUGUUGGUUCUCAAGCAAUUUUCGCAUUUCGCUGAGGAUGCACAAAACCCCGAUAGUGUGUGCUAGAGCUCUUCUUUUUCAGACUUAUGCAUUACCCUUACCUCAAUUCUUACUAUCCGUGCGUCAUCAUUCAUCUACCAAUUUGUUCGUCGCAGGGCUUUCCUAUAACACUAAUGAAACUGUUCUCAGAGACACCUUUGGACACCAUGGCCAAAUCAUCGAAGUUAGAGUAAUUUGUGACCACAAGACUGGGGAAUCGCAAGGGUAUGGAUUUGUGAGGUUCAAUUCUGAAACUGCAGCUGCCACAGCUCGCAAAGAAUUGCACGGCCAGAUCGUGGAUGGCAGACGAAUUCGAGUGAGUUAUGCGCACAAAGGGUAACUAACAAGUCUGUCAAAUAUUAAAAGAUAGUAGUCCUGCAGCUACAACAAAUUUAAACUUAAUUUGAUACUCAGAUUCUAUAUUCUUAGCUUUUAGUCUAUCGAUUUGAAUUGAAGUUCCUUGACUUCAAAGACAGAUCUAGAUCAUCAACGAAUUUGAAGUGCGGUGGUUUAUUUCUGAGUUAAUUAGUUAUUAUUGUAUGCAAAUAUGUGCAUAACAAUAUGUACAAAAAAUACAACUCAUUUUUAAACUUAUCUGUGGAGACAUGAUUCCAGAUUAAGACUUUGUAUGCAAUUCAAACAUUUCACGAUUAUCAAUUGAAGUGACUGGAACAAAUUAUUAUAA